AGCCUUUUUUUAUUUAUUUGGCCUUCUUUCAUCCGUUCCUCGUUCUCUCUUCUCCUCUUCUCGCUUCCUUUGGCUUCUCUUCGCAGGCGCGCUCGCUCGGCGCUCUUCCUGCGAGAGGGUCUGGGAGAGUGGGAGAGCCGGAGAGGGAGAGGGAAGGGAGGCUUGAGGCUGGUAGCUGUUCUGCAUGGGAGAGAUGGCGGUUCGUGAGGAGAAGGAGCAGGACCCGCGCAUUCCGCGCAUCGUUUCCUGCAUCCGCGUGGUGCCUGACUUCCCCAAGAAAGGGAUUAUGUUCCAAGACAUCACCACGCUGUUGCUCGAUCCAAAAGCGUUCAAGGACACGGUCGAUUUGUUCGUGGAGCGGUACACAGGAAGGGACAUCUGCGUCGUCGCUGGAGUCGAGGCUAGAGGCUUGAUAUUUGGCCCUCCAAUUGCUUUAGCUAUAGGGGCAAAGUUUAUUCCUCUAAGAAAGCCAAGAAAGUUGCCAGGUGAAGUGAUCUCGGAGAACUAUAUACUCGAGUAUGGCACUGAUUGCCUUGAAAUGCAUGUUGGGGCAGUCCAACCUGGUGAACGUGCUCUAGUUGUCGAUGAUUUGAUUGCUACUGGUGGAACUCUCUGUGCUGCCAUAAGUUUACUUGAGCGAGCUGGGGCAGAGGUGGUUGAAUGUGCAUGUGUGAUUGAACUUCCAGAACUCAAGGGUCGUGAGAGGUUAAAUGGUAAACCUUUAUACAUACUCAUGGAGUCCCGCUGAUUGUUUAGCCGAUACGAUCUGAGAUAGUGUAUAUUUUAGGAUUUCAUUCCCAGUUUGAUUACUCGUAGUAAAAUUCAAUUAGUUUAGCACGAUACUGUUUGCCUUAUGAAUCAUUUCUACUUAAGAGGAUUCCAACUGUUGCAAUUGAGAUGUUUAUUAUUCAUAUAGUGCUCCAAUGCAAACAACAGCACUGCAGUCAGUAUUACAAGUGUGUUUUGAUUGAUCUUCUUUA